CAGACCCUGGAUGACCUGGACCAGCGGGUGAAGGAGGCCGGUUUGGAGAUCACCUUUCGGCAGAGCUUCUUCUCCGACCCCGCCGCGCCCGUGCGCAACCUCAAGCGCCAGGACGCCCGCAUCAUCGUAGGGCUCUUCUACGAGACGGAAGCACGCAAGGUCUUCUGCGAGGUCUACAAGGAGAAGCUGUACGGCAAGAAAUAUGUCUGGUUCCUGAUUGGCUGGUACGCCGACAACUGGUUCCGCAUCAAGGACCCGGCCAUCAACUGCACCGAGGCGGAGAUGGCCGAGGCGGUGGAAGGCCACGUCACCACCGAGAUCGUGAUGCUCAACCCCGAGAACACCCGCAGCAUCUCCAACAUGACAUCCCAGGAGUUCAUUGAGAAGCUGCAGAAGAGGUUGGGCAAGAACCCUGAGGAGACGGGCGGCUUCCAGGAGGCUCCAUUGGCCUACGACGCCAUCUGGGCACUGGCCUUGGCCCUCAACAAGACCUCGGCGGAGCUGGUCAAGAAGGGGUUGCGCCUGGAGGACUUCAACUACAACAACAAGAACAUCACCGACGAGAUCUACCGCGCUCUCAACUCCUCCGCCUUUGAGGGUGUCUCGGGACACGUGGUCUUUGAUGCCAGCGGUUCCCGCAUGGCCUGGACGCUCAUUGAGCAGCUGCAAGGAGGUGUCUACAAGAAGAUCGGGUACUACGACAGCACCAAGGACAACCUGUCCUGGUACAACAAUGACAAGUGGAUUGGUGGUGCCCCCCCGGCCGAUUACACCAAGGUCAUCACCACCUUCCGCUUCCUGUCCCAGAAGCUCUUCAUCUCUGUCUCGGUGUUGGCCUCCUUGGCCAUCCUCCUGGCCAUCAUCUGCCUGGCCUUCAACAUCUACAACGGCCACGUCCGGUACAUCCAGAACUCACAGCCGUACCUGAACAACAUGACGGCUGUGGGCUGCACGCUGGCGCUCGCUGCAGUCUUCCCCUUGGGACUUGAUGGGUACCACAUCGGACCGGGCCUUUUCCCAUUCGUCUGUCAGGCACGGUUGUGGCUGCUGGGGCUGGGGUUCAGCUUGGCGUACGGCAGCAUGUUCACCAAGAUCUGGUGGGUCCACACCGUUUUCACCAAGAAGGAAGAGAAGAAGGAGAAGAGGAAGACCCUGGAGCCGUGGAAGCUGUAUGCCACCGUGGGGCUGCUCGUGGGGCUGGACGUGGUCACGUUGAUCAUCUGGCAAAUCGUGGACCCCUUGCACCGCACCAUCGAGGAGUUCACCAAGGAGGAACCCAAGACAGACACGGAUGUCUCCAUCCUGCCCCAGUUGGAGCAUUGCAGCUCCACCAAGAUGAACACGUGGCUCGGGAUAUUUUACGGCUUCAAGGGGUUGCUGCUGCUGUUGGGCAUCUUCUUGGCGUACGAGACCAAGAGCGUCUCCACCGAGAAGAUCAACGACCACCGCGCCGUGGGCAUGGCCAUCUACAACGUGGCGGUCCUUUGCCUCAUCACGGCGCCCGUCACCAUGAUCCUCAGCAGCCAACAGGAUGCGGCCUUCGCCUUCGCCUCAUUGGCCGUCGUCUUCUCCUCCUACAUCACCUUGGUCGUCCUCUUUGUCCCCAAGGUGAGGAAGGGGACAUUCGGGAAGGGGACG